AUGGGCGCCUUCUUGGUUAUGGCGUGUGGCUACGUGGCGGCUUCGCCCGGGAUCAUCUUGGCCGAUGCCACCUCUCCCGGACCGGGCAACCUCUCCGUUCAUGAGCUCGAUACCGCCACGGCCUCCUUCAGCGCUGCUCGCGUCAUCGGCGUCGGCGGCAACGCGACAGUGUACAAGGCUGACCCAUUGUCUGCGCUGCAGCGCCGGUUGCCGGGUUCAUCCCGCGCGGUGGCGGUCAAGCGGCUGACGGUGAGCGGAGGCGUGGCGGCGGCGGAGGCCGCCGAGGAGCUGCGCCACGAAGUGGACAUCCUGUGUCGGCUCUCGCACCCGAACGUGCUUUCGCUGCUUGGCUACUGCCUCGACCGCCGCGGCCCGUCGCUCGUCUACCCCAUAGCGGCAGGCGGCAACCUAGAGGACCGGCUGCUGCUGACUGCGCAGGGGCGCCAGCGGCUCGGCAAGCUAGGCUGUGCUAGCCCGCCGCCGAUGCCGUGGGCUGCGCGCUGCCGCAUCCUCUGCGUGGUUAUGGAAGGUCUGCUUUACCUGCACGAGCUGCGGCCGCCGGUGCUACACCGUGACGUGAAGCCGAGCAACAUCCUGAUCGACGCCGACGGCAUAGCGCGGCUGGCGGACACGGGUCUCGCCAAGGCGGCGACGGAGGCGCAGGCCGCGCAGACGCACCUGUCGACAGCGCGAGUAUGCGGCACGCCGGGCUUUGUCGACCCCCUCAUCGUCAAUGGUGGGCAGCAUUCGACGUACACCGACGGGUACGCGGCGCUCGUCGGCUUGCCCGCUAUCGGCCUGAAGGGCAAGUGCCGCCGCUUGCUCAAGUUUCCGGAGGAGCCUGCGCGGUGGCAGCCGCCGGGCGUGCCCGACUGCAGUGCUGGCGGCCGCGAUGGUGCACCGGGCGGCUGGGCCGACAGUUGGCCGCCGUCGGUCGUGAGCGCCUUGUCGGAGCUGGUCCUCGGGCUCACAGAGGAGUACGUGGAGGACCGCAUGCCCCUCUCAGAGGCGCUGCUGCGGCUGAGGGCAGUUGGGAUGGGCGAUUCUCGUUUCGAUGAUCACGAGGACACGGACGGCAGCGCCGAGGGCGACACGGCCCCUGGCGUUGGGAGUGGCGGCAUUGCGGCGCAGCCCUCCGACGCUGCAGGGUCGGUUAUGGCGCAAGCGGACGACGAGGAGCGCGGCCGCGUGACAGCGCUGUGA